AUGCAAGAGAAAAAUAGCAUAGUACAAAUUGCCCUGUCCUCAGAAACCAUGAGUGAGACGAUUUCUCUUAGAAAGUACUUUGAGUAUGGGCAGAACGUGCCCCUUGAGAAGGAUCUCCUCCCUCCCUUUCCAGAAGAGAAGAAGAAACAUCUGGUGCAGAGCCUGGUUCCUACUUCGUGGCCAUGCCCAGGAUGCUAUAAAAUCACCACCAUCUUUAGCCAUGCACAAAUAGUAAUUUCUAUGUUGGCUUCUCCCACUGUCCUCAGCCAGGCUACAGGAGGAAAAGCAAGGCUUACAGAAGGAUGUUCCUUCAGAUGGAAGCAGCACUAA